CAGCACUCUCCGAUUAUAAAUUCUUCUAAUCUCGGUGCUCGGUGAAAAGGGCGGGUUACUUUUUUGCAGUAGCCCUGGCGCCCUCGCCACGUUUGGUAGCAGCGGUGGUCCGCAGAUUAUCGGGCCACAGCGCCGGCGCUACUGAAGGAAUUUGCAGAUUAAGGAGUUGCUGACCCGUCGACGUCACGAGCGAAAGUGGGAAUGGCUUUUAGCAUUUUCACGUGCUCAUCCGAGGCAGUGCACACGCUCCGCUUCAAGAGCCGGUUCCUCCGGCUUUGGCGCUGCUCGGGCUCACGUGCAGGCUCGCAAUCGCUACUGCAUUUCACAUGGGCCUGCACAUGCCCUCUGGCGUAGUCAGAAAACCGUCAAAAGCCGUGGCCACCUUGCGCCCUUGCUUCCCUUUAUCAUCAUUUUUGGACUACCUUUUUGAACCCAUGUUUUCGCCUGCUGCUUUCCGUGCCACCCGCGCUCUGUCCAGUCGUCUGUACUCCAGCGCAGCCAUCAACCGCCUGACAGUCAUUGGCGGCGGGCAGAUGGGCUCGGGUAUCGCGCAAGUAGCUGCGACCAGCAAGCACGACGUCACUCUGGUUGACGUCAACCAGGAGGCCCUGGAUCGCGGCAAGGGCUAUAUCUCGAAAUCGCUGAAGCGCGUGGCCAAGAAAAAGUUUGCUGACGACGCAAAGGCGCAGAGCGAGUUUGUCGAGCAGGUCAUGUCGCGCAUCCGCACCACGACAAAUCCGGCUGAGGGUGUCGCGCAGGCGGAUCUGGUCGUCGAGGCAAUCGUCGAGAACAUCAAGGUCAAGCAGGAUCUGUUUGCAUCGCUGGCGAAGGCCGCUCCUGAGGGGUCCAUCCUGGCCAGCAACACCAGCUCGCUGCCCAUCAAGGCCAUUGCGACGCCCCUGACGGCCGAGCAGAAGGCGCGGUUCAUUGGCCUGCACUUCUUUAACCCGGUGCCGCAGAUGAAGCUGGUUGAGGUUGUGCGCACCGAGGAAGCCAGCCAGGAAGCUGUCGACAAUGCUGUCGCCUUUGUCAAGGCAAUUGGCAAGUCGCCGGCCGUUUGCAAGGACACACCCGGGUUCAUUGUAAACCGGCUGCUGCUGCCAUACAUGAUGGAGUCCAUUCGACUGCUGGAGCGCGAUGUGGCUUCGGCCAAGGAUAUCGACACGGCGAUGAAGCUCGGCGCCGGAUACCCCAUGGGGCCGUUUGAGCUCCUGGACUAUGUCGGCCUGGACACAGUCAAGUUCAUCGUCGAUGGCUGGUACACCGAGGGCGAGGGCCUGAAGGGCGAUAAGCAGUUUGUCAGCAGCGGGAAGCUCAACGAGCUCGUCAAGAACGGCCACCUGGGUGUCAAGACUGGCCGCGGAUUCUACGACUACUCAAAGUAACUUUUUAUUGAAGAAUCUUCAUGACCUCCUCAUACACGGCAAACACAAUUGCACCCGAGAACAUU